AUGAUUUGCUCUGUACAGCAUCUUCAGCUGCUUGAGAUAACCUGUCUCGUCCUUCUUACAGUGUACUGUGAAGGAUGCGUAGUAGAUAUGUCUCAAGAAAGUGAAAAGAUCAAAUGUCAGGCGUGUCAUAUCUCUGACUCGAGAGGAUUUCCGAAAGUUUGUUUGGUUCUUGAGCAGCUUUUGGAGGAGAACUUUCCUGAAGAAUACAAUUCAAGGAAAAGUGGGAUUCAGAAAACGCUUGCCCAUACUUGCAAAGGAAACAUUCAAAGCUCUCGCAAAGAAGGCCCAUCUUUGUCAGGCGCCAACAACAAUGAUCUUCCCUGGUGGGAAAACCCUGCAUCUAUUGUUCACAUCGGAGCGGGAUGUGAUUGUUGCGGAGUGUAUCCAUCAUAG